CUUUACUAUUUGUCAGCCCUAUAUAUAAUAAACACAUACAUACAAUAAAAAAAUAAGAAAAAACGAAGAAAAAUAGUGUUUUGAGGCAGUUCUUCUUCCCAAAACAACAAAUAUCAUAGAGAAAACAAAUCAGUUGAGAUAGCACUGUCAUUAAUAAGCUCGAAAUUUACGGAUAUUGUGCAUAAAAUGGCCUCAGAAGAGCUGCCAGCUGAUCUAGACAAGUUGAAAAUAACACAAACUCAUCCUCUCUCUAAAACUGCUGUGGAGAGGAACCCAUUUUACGAUGCAGAGAAUGGGUUUGAUCCAUCGGAUAACCCUGAGCCCACACUAAGCGCCAAGCAUCGAACGACGCAUCGUUGGAGAUGCAGGCCCAGGCGUCGAUCCGAAAGCUGUCUGCAAGAUUGCAAGCAGGACGAGUCCUUUGUUCCAGCCGAUUCCUUUGAUAUAAGCUCACAUGGUGUGCAGAAGCAUUCGCAGAAACGAAAGAACAUUUUUCGACAGCCGAUCCUGAGGUCCUUGUACGGCUGCGAGCACGGCAAGUGCGUAGUUCGCAGCGGCAGGAUGUUCGUCCCCAGGCCCAGAGAGGACACCAGUGAUGUUGUUGGCCAACAAUCGCAGGCGAGUGAUGAUUUAAGCUUGCUAAACACUAGUGGCACUGGGACCUUCCGUGAUUGUGUUAUUGGAGAAUGCAAUGCCAUGCUCGACGAAUCGAAGAGGAGCCCCUUGGCCAACAGCUGGCACUUGUCAAAGAACUGCAGCUCGUCGAAAGCCAGUCCAGAGGCUGGAGCAGGAGGAUCCCUUCAGAGCCAUAAGAGUGACGCUGCCUUUACCGUCUCCGCUGCCGCAAGAUCUUUGUCCGCUGUCUCGCUAAUGGGAGCGACAUGCUCGCAACAGGCCAGCUACAAUUCCACGAAUCCAGGCAGCUGCGAUGAUGUUACCAUUGGAGAGUUGGCCAGCUAUUUCGACACCAUCGUGCAUAUUCCAAAAAAGAUGUCCACAAUGGCCGAGAUGAUGUACAUAUAAAACUAUAUCUCGAAUACCGUAGCAAGUUUUCAUCACUAUUCUCUGAUUCUAAAUUUAAGUUCUAUGUUAUAUGUGAAUCUAAUUACACAGUUUUUUGGCUCUCUGUAACCUCAGUUGAGUAAACUAAAUAUAUUUAUACUGUAUAAUAUGUACAUAGUCAUUGGUAUAUUCUGCGAAUUACAGCAUUUCAAAACCCACA